UGGACUUUGAAACGUUUCACAAAAAAACGACUAUUUAAAAACGAAGUUCAACACAGAUUUCUCGUGAAAAGACACAUUCCAUUGUACGUUCAAUAUGCGUUUUGAGGACACUAUUAUGCAGACAUUUGAAAGUAUCAGAGACACCCUUAGAAACCUUGAUCAGGGUAAACUACAGCUCUUGGCACUCUCUUCUGCUGGAAUCGGGGGUCUUUUGUGCUACUUGGCAUGGAGGAAAAGCCCCAAAAAGAUACCAAUUGGGGAUGGCUGGUGGGGAGCUGGGGAGAAGUCAAUAACAGAGGACAAAUCCAUUCACAAAUUUGUCGUGGAGACCUCAGUGGAAGAAAUAGAGGAUCUGCAUAGACGCAUUGACCAAACACGUUACACAGACUCACUGGAGGACAGCCGCUUUCAUUAUGGCUUUAACUCACCCUAUCUUAAAAGGGUGGCCUUUUAUUGGAGACACAAGUUUGACUGGGAGAAACAGGUCAAGGUGAUCAACCAAUACCCUCACUUCAAAACCAAGAUUGAGGGAAUUGAUGUGCAUUUCAUUCACGUGAGGCCUGUUCAGACACCUGGACAGAGAGUUGUCCCUCUCAUGAUGGUUCAUGGCUGGCCUGGUUCCUUCUAUGAGUUUUACAAGAUCCUGCCCUUGCUCACUGAGACCAGUUCAAAUGUGGUCUUUGAGGUCAUCUGUCCCUCCAUUCCAGGCUAUGGCUACUCUGAAGCACCACAUAAAAUAGGUUUUAACUCUUUGGAUGCUGCCAGGAUCUUCCAUAAGCUCAUGGAAAGAUUGGGGUUCACUCAGUAUUAUGUGCAAGGGGGAGACUGGGGAUCACUCAUUACCAGCAACAUGGCCCAGAUGAAGCCAGAGUGUGUUCUUGGUCUUCACCUGAACAUGUUGUUUGCUACAAAUGACUUUGGGCAACUCCUCUCCUUACUGGUUGGUCGUUACCUGCCAUUUCUGGUGGGCUUCUCAAAGGAAGAUGUCAAACGUCUCUAUCCUUAUAUGGAGAAGAGUAUAUAUGAAAGUCUUAGAGAAACUGGCUAUUUACACAUUCAAGCCACUAAACCAGACACAGCAGGAUGUGGACUAAAUGACUCUCCAGUGGGAUUAGCUGCCUAUAUCCUGGAAAAAUUCUCCUCUUGGACAGACUUGGGAAAUAGAGAUUUGGAGGAUGGAGGUUUAGAGAAAAAGUUCAGUCUAGAUGAUCUUCUUACAAAUGUCAUGAUCUACUGGACUACAUGUUCCAUCAUUCCCUCAAUGCGUUUCUACAAAGAGAACCUGAAGAAUAAUCUCAAGAAAAGAGUGGACAGUUUGACAAAGGUGUUUGUGCCCACUGGUCUGGCUGCCUUUCCUCAUGAGCUAGCCCACUGUCCCAGGUCUUGGACCGGAGCGCGGUUUAGAGAUGUCCGUUCUUACACCUACAUGGCACGAGGUGGACAUUUUGCUGCUUUUGAGGAACCUCAGCUUCUGGCUCAAGACAUCAUGCAGUUUGUGGAGAAGGUGGAGAGUAAAAGGCGCAAAUAAGCUCUCAAACCUCCCAAAAAUGAUUUUGCUUUGAUAAUUUCUGUUGAAAUACUGUUUCAAGUAAUUAGCGUGUAGAAAUGUGUAAGAGAGUUUAACUAGAAGGACUCUUAAGUACAUAUUUGUUAAGUUUUAGAAACUAACAUCUUCAGUUUAUAAGAAAAAGGUUUCAUGGUACAUUGAUCAUUAGAAUAUCCAUGCUACAGUCAUCAUUUUGUACCACUUUUUUAUGAUUUAAUGAACACUGAAAAAAAAUGUAUUGUUCUUUUUGGAUUGAAAAUAUUACAAACAAAAUCUUGAAACAGUACACAGAUGUAGCACCAAUUGGAAAGUGAAAACCUAAAUUGUAUUCAUUUUCUUUAUAUACUGAUAGACUUAAAUACUGUAAAAACACAAUUAGGUUUUCAAUGGAUAAAAACUAUCACGUACAUUCAUCAGUUUACAGAAGCUCCUAUUCAGCGGAUGGGUUUAAUUCAUAAUGACUUGAGUUUCAUUAUGGAGCAAAUGGUAAAAGAGCAGUAUUAUCGUCAACAUUCCAGGUCAAGGGUCACUCCUACUUGAAGUUAACCUGUAACCCAGUCCCAGAUUGUUUAAUAUUAGAAAAGGAACACCCUAUUCUGUACUCUUUACACUGUAAAAUAAAGCUGGUUAAAGAUGGAUCUGAUGAUUUUGUAAAUGUACACUUUGCAUAAAUAAUCAUAUGAACUUAAAAAUUCACACAGAAUUCUGAAAUUAAGCAAAAUAAUAACAAAAUGUUCUUAUUAUUAUUGUUAAAUAAUAAUAAAGAGAAUUAUCCCUGAAA